CUCUCUCUCUCCCUCUCUCCUCCAAAUACGAAUCAAUCUUCUUUCGCCUCAUUUGCUUCAUUUCCCAUUCGAAUCUCCUGAAAUUCCCCAACUUCUCGAAUUCUUCUUUGCCUUUGCGAUCAGAUCGAUUCCUCCACUAAUUUCUCUAUCUGUUCGAUUGGAGCUUCAAUCUCGGUCAGGGUUUUUGUUCGGUUCGGUCGAUUUUCCCGUUCUCGGAACAUCCGAUUCCACCGUUCUUCUUCGCGAUACCGUCCGUGAAUUUUAUCUUCUGCAUAGUUAUUCGAUCGGGUAAAGAAGAGAUGUUAGGGGCUGGAUUUCAGUUAACGAGAGGCCGACGCGGUGAUGACCCCUUUUACAGUUCGGCGGGAGCUCGUAGGUCCCAUCACAACUCUCCAAGGGUCGAUCAGCUACGAGAUACUCAGAGGGACGUCUCCAAUGGCCGAUCAAUUAAUCUCAAGGAAAAUUCGACGGCUGCCGUGAACAUCGAACUCGUGGACGAUCCCAUGUCGCUGAAACUCGUACCUAACCUCGCUUCUGACCCGACGACCUGGCCGUCGAGUAAUCUGAAACGGUUUUUGGAGUCGGUCACGCCAUCGGUGCCGGCGCAGUAUUUAUCAAAGACUUCGCUAAGGGAAAGAAGGAAUAGUGAUGUUAAGCUCGAGCCUUACUUUGUUCUUGGAGAUGUGUGGGAAUCAUUUGCGGAGUGGAGUGUCUACGGCACAGGAGUGCCUCUAAUUUUGAAUAACAAGGAUCGAGUUGUCCAAUAUUACGUGCCCUCGUUGUCCGGCAUUCAAAUAUAUGCCGAUCCUCAGGUUUUGAAUGCAUCUCUUAAAUCAAGGAUGCCAGAUGAGGAAAUCGAUAGCGAUUUCCGGGAUUCAAGUAGUGAUGGUAGCAGUGACAGUGAAUACGAACGGGGACUUUGUUGCCCCAGGGAGCAGAUAUCUGCUAGAAUGGACCGGAUCUCUUUGAGAGACCAGCUUCAGGAAGACUCAUCCAGUGAUGACGGUGAAUCAAUAAGUCAAGGUCGUAAGAUAUUUGAGUAUCUUGAAAGAGCCCUUCCUUACAUUCGCGAACCCUUUGCUGACAAGGUGUCUGAUCUCGCCUCUCAAUUUCCCGAGUUAAAUUCUCUUAGGAGUUGUGACUUACUACCUUCAAGUUGGUUUUCUGUGGCAUGGUACCCAAUUUACAGAAUACCCACAGGACCUACGCUUAAGGACCUGGACGCAUGUUUCUUGACGUAUCAUUCCCUCCACACACCAGUUGGAGGUACAAGAGCAGAGGAGGAAAGUGAGAAUGGGAUGAGAGAGGGAGUUGAAAAGAUUCGGAUUCCGGUCUUUGGACUUGCUUCUUACAAGUUGAGAGGUUCCGUAUGGACAGCGAGCGGAGGAGGAGGAUCGGAGCAACAUCUCGUGAAUUCCCUCUUCCACGUCGCAGAUGAAUGGGUGCGGUUGCAUAAAGUCAACCACCCUGAUUUCAUGUUCUUCUGCCGCAGGGUAUCGAAAAAAUGAAAAUUGUUGAUAAAGGGUCACGAGAGCUUAGUCUCGAGGACAUGGGAGCAGAGACGGGACAUCAUAUGGUAAAAGGAAAGAAGAUCG